AUGGCCCAAGAAGCACUCCUUAAAGUCGACGAAGAGAAGGCACGCCAUGCUAAGCGGGUAAAGCUUAGGGAGCUGAACGCUGCCUUGGACGUCCAGGUGGAAUUGUCCAAGUUGGACUCCUCUUUGAAGCGUCACACCGGCUUGAUCAAGCGCAUGCGCCAGUCUCUUGGUACUGAUCAGCGUGACCAAAUCCUCAAGGACAUAGACUCGUUGUCGCUGGAAAAGUACAUCGACGAGAUAGCUGGGGCCGCACUAGAAGGAAUUGCGAGAUGCAAGACGGAGAAGGAUGUUUGGAGUGCUGUUGAAGUUAUUUCAGCUCUCCAUAGACGCUUCCCCGCAGCAUUUACUCCUUCCCUCAUUUCAUCCUUGUCCAUCGCACUUGCAGCCCCAUCUCGUGCAUCCCUCUCUGCGUUGCCUCCUGAACAGCGGGAGAAGGAGGAUUCUGCCCGAGUUUCUCGCCAGCGUCCCCUUCUCCGUGUCUGUUCUGAGCUCGCAUUGGUCGGAAUCAUUAUUGAUGGACAGAAACGAAGUGGCGGUGAAUGGAUAAUGAAAGUAUUGAGAGAAUUGUUGUCUAAUGAUCCAACGUUAUCAUCUCUACCCCUUCUUUCUAUAUUUCUGAAGUCAUACUCCAGGCCCUAUUUGGGCCUGACGCCUCCUCAGAGCAAGCAGAUAUCCGCUGAAGCAGAACCUGGAACCUUGUCUUCAGCAACUACGAAUGCUACCCAAGGAGAAUUCCCGACGCUCUUGCAUGAAGACGAGGAACUUGUUGAACAAGAAAUUCGUGAUCGAUUCAAGCGCAUGUGCGAAGGUUAUUUCGACAGCGUUUCCAAGAAACUCACCAUAGAGCACAAGCGCCUACAAGAUCAAGAUCGUAGGAAUCAUGAAGCAUAUAUCCGGUCUGGGGAGAUCUUCGAGGACAGGCAACAAGCGUAUGAGAAGAUGACAAAAGGCUACGAGAAACUACUUGCGAGCUGCCAAACACUCUCGGAACUGCUAUACCUGCCUAUGCCGCCAUUGCCUACGGUGUCCCAGAAGUCAGAUUCCAUCCAAAUUGGAGGAAACGCUGUCUCGGGCGAUGAAGAAGAUCCUCUUGUGAAUUCUGGGGGCAAAUGGGAGGACGAGGAAGAGCGUCGCUUCUUUGAGGAUAUCCAGGACCUAAAGGACUUUGUACCGAAGUCAGUUUUGGGCAUUGAAAGCGACGAGAAAGAGGAUAAUGAAGCCACAGAAGAAAGAGAAAAGGCGGAGAAGGAGAAAGCAGAUGCUGAAGCAAAGAAACUAGAAGAGGAAUUGGAAGGUCUGAAACUGGACGGUGAUCAAGUAAAUGGAAGAAAAGACGAUACCGAAGUCGAAAUGCGCGAGGAAGAACCCGAUGGUACAAUCACACCGACACCAACGUCCCCGACCAAGGCCUCAAGUCCCCCGUUGUCUCCUCAACUCGCUCCUCAGGGACCAUCGCAGCUGCUUACUGCUUUGCUUGCACGCCUCCCCGACGCAACAAAUCGUGCCAUGAUUGACCAAGCUGCCAUCGAUUUCGCAUUUUUGAACUCCAAGGCAGCUAGGAAGAGACUUAUCAAGUUCUUGAAUGCUGUGCCAAAGAAUCGAACUGACUUGCUUCCUCAUUAUGCAAGGUUUGUGGCAACUUUGAACAGAUAUAUGCCGGACAUUGGUGCCGAGCUUGUGGCACUGCUGGAUGAAGAGUUCCGCUAUUUGCAACGAAAGAAAAAUGUGGUGAAAGAGUUUGCAGAGAUUCGCAUGAAGAACAUAUUAUAUUUGUCCAACUUGACGAAGUUUCGCGUCGUGCCUUCUCAUCUUGUCCUCCACAUGUUCAAAGUAUGCUUGGACGAUUUUUCUGGAACGAACGUCGAAAACAUCUCGAUGCUCCUUGAAGGGUGCGGUCGGUUUUUACUGCGCAGUGACGAGACUAGGGAGAGAUUUGGUACUAUGCUGGAGCUCAUGAGGCGUAAGCAGAGUAUGCAGCACUUCGAUCAAAGACAGAUCCUUCUACUUGAAAACGCAUACUAUCAGUGUAACCCACCGGAACGAACUCCGAGACAACAAAAGGAGCGCACUCCUUUGGAACUUUUCAUCCGCCAUCUUAUAUACGAUGUUCUAGCUAAGAAGACCAUCGAUAAGGUCCUUAAGCUCCUUCGCAAGCUUGAUUGGGAUGAUCCAGUUAUUCAGCGCACUCUACAUAAAGUUUUCACCAAACCUUGGAAAAUUAAAUAUAGCAACAUCAAUUUGUUGGCCAUGCUGACAUACGACCUCCAACGUUAUCACCCCGCUUUCGCGAUAUCGGUCGUGGACCAAGUUCUCGAAGACAUUCGAAGAGGUUUGGAACAGAACGUCUACAGCACGAACCAACGCCGCGUGGCCACCAUAAAAUAUCUGGGAGAACUCUAUAUCUAUCGGUUGUUAGGAUCGGUCCUGGUGUUCGAUACUAUGUGGUCGCUGGUCACGUUCGGACAUCCUGAAGGUCAUCCGUUGCCCCGCCAGCCUUGCCAAGUGGAUAUGCCUAAUGACUUUUUCCGCAUCCGUCUUGUUUGCGUUUUGCUCGACACUGUUGGCAUGUGCUUCGACCGAGGGACUCAGAAGCGGAAACUUGAUAAUCUCCUUGUUUUCUUCCAGUACUAUGUAUUAUGCAAAGAAGAUCUGCCCAUGGACGUUGACUUUAUGCUUUCUGAUUCAAUCGAGGCUAUCCGGCCCAAGAUGACGAUGUAUAAGACAAUAGAGGAGGCCGCUGUGGCUGUUGAUGAUAUGUUCAAUGCCGCUUUGCAGAACGCUGGUUGUACGCUUAAUGAAGAUCGAACUUCGUCUCCCGACCCUGUUAUCGUCCUAUCCACACAAGAGCACCUCGGACCAUCUGAGGAAGCUGAAGCCGAGUUUGAGAAAGAGCUCGCUAAGAUCAUUACAGAUUCCUCAGCCGAGUCCAGAAAGGUCGACAAGAAGACAGCUUGGUGGGAUUCUGCCGUUCUCGCCCCUAAUUUGCGCAAGAAGCGGGCUGAUGAGGGCGAUGCCGAUGGCGGCGGCGACAACAAUCCGGACGGUGAUGCCGUGAUGCAGUUCACUGUCAUUACUAAACGCGGCAGUAAGCAGCAGGGUCGCCAUCUUCUUGUACCAGCUGAAUCUGCGCUCGCCGUACACACGCGAUCUGCACAACUUCAAGACAAGGUAGAGCAGCAACAUCUCAAACGUUUGGUCUUGAACUACGAACAGAGAGAGGAAGCGGAAGAAAUGAAAGCCCUCGAAGUGCGCAACAGGACUAGUGCAAUCAAGAUCCGCUAUGUCGGAUAG